AUGAAAUCUAAGGACAUAAUCCUGAGUAUUGUCUUCUUCUCCCAGACAGGAAUUGGAAUUCUUGGGAACUCCUUCCUUGUCUGUCUCUUUAUCUUCAUGGUUCUCAGUGGACACAGGAUGAGGCAUGCAGACACUCUUGUCAGCCAACUGGCCUUGGCCAACUGCUUGGGACUUCUCUCAAAGGGCAUCCCUCAGACAAUGACAGCUAUGGGUCUGAUGGAUUUCCUGGAUGAUACUGGAUGUCAAAUUGUAUUCUACCUUCACAGAAUAGCUCGGAAUCUUUCCCUCAGCAUGACCUGCCUCCUAAGUGGCUUCCAGGCCAUCACCAUCAGCCCCAACACAUCCAAUUGGGCAGAGCUUAAAGCUAGAACCCCAACAUACCUCAUUCCCUCUAGUCUCUGCUUUUGGACUUUCCACUUGCUUUUAAAUAUCUUUAUUCUUUGGGGAAUCAGGGGACCAAAGUACACCAGAAACAUGACUGAGAUACAACAUUAUGGAUAUUGUACUCAUGAGGUUCCUUCUGGAUUGUAUGCCUCCUUGUUAUUAAUUGUUCUUUCUUUUCCUGAUGCUGUAUGUUUGGGACUCAUGGUCUCUGCCAGCAGCUACAUGGUGAUUCUUCUUUUUAAGCAUUACAAGAAAGUCCAGAAAAUUCACAUUACUCACCUUUCCAGCAGAGCCUCCCCUGAGACCAGGGCCACCAAAACUAUCCUACUACUGGUGAGCAUGUUUCUCACCUCUUACUCAAUCACUUGUGUUUUGACAGCAUAUAUGGCUUUUGUAAAGUUCCCACCAGGACUGAUGCAUACUUCUGCCUUCCUGAACUUAAGUUUUCCAGCUGCUAGCCCUUAUGUGCUCAUAAGCAGUGACUCACAAGUUCAUAAAUAUCUCUAUGCUCUUUGUGGAAGAAAAAGUUCACAUUCUGACAGACAGUCCUCUACCCAGCCUGGCUGCAAGAAAGCUCCCAUUGGAGUAAAAGAAUCCCUACACCAAAUGAAAGCUGAAUCUGUCCCCAGAUAUUAG